AUGUCCAACAACAACGAGAACCAACCUAUGGAGGAUGUCAACAUGACGGAGGCUCCUGCUCCCGCUCCUGCUGCUCAACCUUCUGGCUCCAACAACAAUGCUCCUGCAGCUAACAACAACAAUCAGCAUCAACCUCAACCCAACAACAAUCAACAGGAUCAGCCUCAGGGUGGACCUACCGAUAAUCCUUGGGUGCCCGAUGCCUCUGAUGCCCUCAACAUUGGUGAUUUGCUUGGUGAUUUGUCGCCUGGUGCGACCCCUGAACAAGUCAUGUCGGCAUUGGAACAGCAAAUUCUAAGGCUUGAUGCCACACUUACCGACUUGGCUACUGGUGACAACCAAAGACAUUUCUCGAUGGUAACUCGUCGCCGUGAUGAAUUGAAUGAACGCUUAUCUACAUUGAGACCCAUGUAA